AUAAGCUGUCAUAUGACAUUUGAUUUUACCGCUUCAGCGUUUUUCUGCCGUAAAAGCUUGUCUUUGUAAACAGUCCGACGCCACUAAAGCACGAAUAACUUCGCUGUAACAUGUCACACACGCGCACAUCCCUGCAGCUUUGUUUUCUAUUAGUUUAUCUCAGUUAUACUGCACAGCGGGUGAAUGGCGUUUGGCCAUUACCUCAACAGACUGAAGAAUCUGCAGAGACGUACACGCUGAGUCCACAGUUAUUCUCUUUUACGUAUGGAAAUGAUUCAGCUGUGCAGGCUGGAUGCUCUGUCCUGGAUGCUGCCUUUAAAAGAUACUUCUCCAUCAUAUUCCCUGACUUUACAGAUGCUUCAGCACCAGGACCUCAUCACGUGUGGUCACAGCUCAAAGGUUUUGGGGUUUCUGUAAGUGUCAAAAGCAGUGGAUGUGACGGCUACCCUGAUGAAGACUCGGAUGAGAGCUAUAAGCUGAGUGUGUCUGAGGGCCAAGCUCUGCUGAGAUCGGUGUCAGUAUGGGGUGCUUUAAGAGGUCUGGAGUCAUUGAGUCAGCUGGUGUACCAGGAUGAUUAUAGCUCUUACUUUAUCAAUAAAACCCAGAUUGUGGACUUCCCACGCUUUGCAUACAGAGGUCUUUUGCUGGACACUUCAAGGCAUUAUUUACCUCUGCAUGCUAUUCUGAAGACCCUGGAUGCCAUGUCCUACAGUAAAUUCAAUGUUUUUCACUGGCACAUUGUGGACGACCCUUCUUUCCCGUAUCAGAGCCGCAGCUUUCCCGAUCUCAGCAAUAAGGGAGCUUUUCAUCCAUUUACACACAUCUACACCCAAACAGAUAUAAGGAGGGUGAUUGAACAUUCCAGAAUGAGGGGCAUUAGAGUCGUACCUGAGUUUGACUCACCUGGACACACUCAGUCGUGGGGAAAAGGACAGCCAGAUCUUUUGACACCUUGUUACAAGGGAGAUGUGCCGUCUGGGUCAUUUGGACCGGUCAAUCCAACGCUAGACUCCACCUAUAAAUUCAUGGGACGCCUCUUCAAAGAGGUGAAGUCCGUCUUUCCCGACUCUUAUGUUCAUAUAGGAGGAGAUGAGGUCAGUUUUAGCUGCUGGAUGUCUAAUCCCAAUGUGGGAGCGUUUAUGAAGACGAUGGGCUUUGGGAAGGAUUAUACUAAACUGGAAUCAUUCUAUAUGGAGAAUAUAAUGAACAUGACCGCCACUCUCAACAAAACCUCCAUUGUGUGGCAGGACGUAUUCGACUACCAUGAGAGAAUUCCACAGGACACGAUUCUGGAAAUCUGGAAGGGCUCAACUGUACAAUAUCAAGCUGAAAUGAGCCGGAUGACCAAGGCCGGGCACCGGGUUCUGCUCUCUGCUCCGUGGUACAUCAACCACAUCAGCUACGGCCAGGACUGGCGUUACUCAUACGCCAUACAGCCCCAGAAUUUCACCGGCACAGAAGAGCAGAAGAAGUUAGUGAUUGGUGGAGAGGUUGCCAUGUGGGGCGAAUAUGUUGAUGCCACCAAUCUGACCCCUCGACUGUGGCCGAGAGCCUGCGCUGCAGCUGAGAGAUUGUGGAGCAAUGAAGAAAGAACACUAAAUGCAGAUUUGGCCUUCCCUCGCCUGGAAGAUUUUCGCUGCAAACUUUUAAGGCGGGGUAUUCAGGCCGAGCCUCUGUUUGUUGGCUAUUGUAGACAUGAGUACAAUGGUCUGUAAGUACAGAAAGGUGCCAGUGGACAUGAAGGGAUCAUUUUAUGCACUGUGAUACUGCUUUUGAAUUUGCACAGUAUUUUAAUAUUUUAUUUUGAUAAAUAUAUGUUUAAGAUGAUGUAAAAAAAAAAUCUCUAAGAAAUGUACAUUUUAUGAAUAAAGAUCUAUGCAAGAA